AUGUCGAACCGGCAGCUCACUCGAGAUAUGCAAGUCGAGUUUCAGGCGAGGUUUCAAGCGAAGCAGGCUCGUAGGGAAGCCCAGAAAGCUGCUAAGCAGGAUCCCAUUUUAAAGAAACAGAUUCAGGAUUUACUCAAGAAGGGCGAAACAGCAAAGGCAUAUCAGAAGGCCAAAAUGCUCUUAUCCAAGCAGGCGCUAGCUCAACAAAUGGACCAAAUGGCUGACAUGGCCGAGCUUUCAGCUGCUCAGAUUCAAGCCAACAACUCGAUGAACCGCAUGACACACAUGAUGGGACAGUCGUCUCGCACUAUGUCGCUUGCACAAAAGAAUAUGAAUCCCGAGAAGACCCUAGUUACCCUCGAGCAGUUCAAGCAGCAAAAUGAGGAGUAUGCUAUGUCCAACGGCAUUUAUCAAGAUGCUAUUUCGCAAUCAACCAGCGCCCAAGUUUCUGAAGAUGCCGUUCAUGAACUUCUGGGCAAAUUGGCAGAUGAUGCCGGUGUUCAGUUGAACGCAGAGCUGAACAGCGCAACACCUGCCAAGGAAGAGCUGGUCUCCAGCGAGCCCACUGCUGAGGAAGAGGAUGCCUUGCAACAGAGACUGCGGGCCUUGAGGGCAUAA